GGGCGAUUCAUUCGGUGUGGGUUAUAAAAAACCUACACCGGUGUACCCCGUGAGGUGUACCACUAAUAUUGCUCCAUUUGUACCCAUUAACCAUGUCAUUCUUUUGUUUUCUACAUUGGCAUUUACAUUUAAAUCCAGGGUCAUCUUAGCAAUUUAUACAUUUUUCAUUUUAGCUUAUUUUUUCUUUUAUGUCAAGUCAAUUUUCUUCCACUUUCUCUUUCUUUCUUUCUCUUUCUUUCCUUCUCUUUCAUUUCCCUGCAACUUUUCUCCAUUGAAGAGCAUUCUACUACAAAUUCAAAUAUUUAUGUAGUAGAAUUUAAUUCUUUUUUGGGUUACAAUUUCCUGUCUUUGUCUAUGGUGGAUGGCUUGAAAAUCAAUUUUACUCCGUUGGGUUUUGACCUGCGCUACAUCAUCAUCGUGUCGUCCCUUCCCAUCUGAUGGCCGCCGUCUCUCUCACGAGCUCUAAGGCGGCCAUUAAUGGCCGCAACUUCCGUACCUGGAGCACGACAAACUCAACUCACGACGGCAGCUCUGCGGCGGCGAGAUCUGGAGAUGGUGUAGGGAGUUUCAGUGGACAUCAAGCUUAAGUCCAUGACACACAGCUGGACGUGGAUGGCUCCGGUCGGUUGCUCCAAGCUCCCAUCCGGAAUAGAUCUGAAUAUGAAAUUCCAGAUUCUUCUAUCAUCUUUUUUUUUAACAUUUCCAGAACAGUUUUAGUGGAUUUUGUGUAAAUGAGAUGAAUUUUUUUAUUUUUGGGAGGAAAUAAUAAGUUUAUUUGGAUU